UUACAGAAAAGAAUGUCUUCGGACCGACGAACAUCCGACGAGGAUGAGAAAAAUGACAAGUAUCAAGAUGAGAGUCGGAAACUGACCGUACUUGACCCUUUCCCAGUAGAUGACACGCCCACUCCAACCAAAAUUUUGAGACUUGCAAAUGACUUGUUUCCGGAUUUUCAGGAUCCGAAAGAAAAUCCGUUUGACGCACAUUUCAGGAAAGCAGCAGAAGCUGUAAAAUCAGGUUCAGACAGGCUUUCUGCUUCAAUAUCAGCAAAUGAUAUACCGAGUGAUGAUUCUUUAAACACUCCUAGUAUAUAUCCUAUAUCUGCUCUGAACACACCUACUCCGUUUACUAAAAGAGCCCCGAUAUCUAAACAGAUCUCUGGACGGAGUAUAUCUAGAAACCUGAAACCUCUUUUACCAAACGGACCCCUUCCUCUUUUUAAACCAAGUGUAGAACAUGAACCUUCUGCGGAUAAAGCUCAAGUUCUACUCAAGAUGCCUUCAGGAGAAACCGUGAAGCUGUACAACGUUCCUUUAGUCAGAGAUAAUGAUGUAUUGAAUGCAACACCGAAAGAAAGGAUUCGAUCUACUUUUAGUCGGGGGAGUAAAAACCAUUCUUCUGAGCUUGAAGAACCGACUCCGAGGACGGAUAGUUCGGAAUCCAGCACCACUGAGGACUUAAAGAGAAGAGAAGCUCAGGAGAGAAACCGAUAUUCUGCUAUGCGAAGCAGAAUUCGAAAACGAGAAGUUUUUGAUCAAAUGAAGAAAGAAACUAAACAUCUUUCAAUGGAAAACAAUAUACUCAGACAGGAGAUUAUAAAACUGAAAAAGGUUCUCCAAGAGCAUAUUCACUGUGAUGUUACCAUUAACACAAAUCAACAAGAAACUGUCAGAAUGUUGAUAGAACCUCAGUAUCUGAUCUCCUGCUCCCCUCAAUCAUCUAGAAAUCUUGAUAUUCAUUCCCCCCAACUUCUGGGACAAUCUUCCGAUGUUCCGGAACAAGUGAGGCAUAUGUGUUCUCAGACCAACCCUGAGAUAUAUCCUAGAUCGAUAAAUCCUGCAGCCCUCGGCAUUACUAGCCUCGGAGUGAAGAAAACAGUUCAAUCUAAAAUCGACGAGGAGAAUAUAGAUCUAAGCAUGCAACUACUGCUCCAACAACCCCAACCCAGAGUUCCACUUGUUCACCAGGAUUCAAUCUCUAACCUGCUAAAGAACUCUGGUUCAUUUCUGCUACGCAGGUCGGAUUCCAACUCUGAGAGUAUAGUAGUAUUGGAGAGCUCAGAUUUUGAAGUGAGUAGAGUAGACAGGUUGAUGAUGGAUACAAGAGAAACCGAACCCUUUCAAAACUUUCUGAGAGAAUCAGAUAAGAAGGGUGAGCAUGUAAGUGCUAAGCUUGAAGAGGAGUUAGACCUAGAGGAGAUAAGAUCCCCACCCCAGAUAUUCCCGGAGGAUCUUAGAACAGCUAAACCUAAAGAGAAUGAACCAAAAACAGAACCAAAUCAAAUUUCUCAACAAAAGCCCAGAAAAAUUUCAACCAUUCCUCGUAAAAGAUUGAAUCGUCUUUUGCCACCAUCGGAGAAUGAGAAAGCUAGGAAACCUGUGGCUCGAUCUUUAGGAGAUAAACUGCUCGAACUCAAGAGAAAGAUGGGAGAAGAUCAGGCCACGGAGGAGUUUCUCAAUAAAUUUAGAAAAAAAUAGUUCUCGAAAGAUUGAAAAGGAAACUUUUUGUGUUUUUUUUCAAAAUCACCAACAGCGUGGUUUCAUUUGUUAAAAUAAAAAUGUAAAUAGUAAAUAUUUAACUAUUAUGCAAUCUGUGAUAUAAUGAAAACCUGUUAUUUUUCUAUUAUUGUUAUGAUCAUCAUUAUACAUGAUUUGUCAAACUUAAAUCCGUUUGAAACAUGUCUCCUCUUCUAUUAUUCUGUUUUGUAGUAUUGUUUCAACUCUCUUCUAGGAUUCUUUCCUAAUUUAUAAAAGAACCCCAUGCUCAUAUCUUACAAAUUUGACCAUUUUCUCUUUAAACAUGAUUAAAUCAUAAAAAAAAAUAUUUCAAAAAUUAACUAAGCGUUUUUUUUUAUCUUAACCGACAAACAGCUUCAAUGCCAUGUAGUACACUCAUUCGGCUUAGCCGUUUCAACGAUUGAUGGAAACCAAGGAAACUGACGAAUAUAAGUUACUGAAUAAAUUUCAG